UUGUAUUUUACAGAUCCCUACCUCCUUGAAUUUCGCUCACUUUUUAAUCUUGACCUGUGUUGGACGCGGAUAGUUUUGCGUUGUAAGUAUUGUUGAACGAGGGGGGGUUCGUGAUCUCUUCCUUUUCUGUGAACCGGCUAUUGGACAUUCGUUGGGUUUACGAAUUUGAGUUCUUGCCUGGCUGCCGUAGAUGUCAAUGAGAGGACAAGGCCACGUUUCCAACGGUCCAAAAGAAUCCUUGGACAACGGAGACGACUUCACUUCAUGGAGAGCACAUCAUCAUCAGGGCUACAAUCAACCAAUGCCCCCGGCUGCCCCGAUGAACGAUCCGUACGGUUACUACGGAACUCCAUUUUCCCCGUACCCACAGCACGCGGCUCAAUUUCCUUCAAGUGAUCACCACCACCACCACCACCAUCACCAUCAAAGCCCCGGUGGUGCAGCGUGGUCCAAUGGUGACCCCUCCAUGACCUUCCUUGGUGGCUACGGAGCUCAGCCUCCGAUCGGCCCUGAGUCUUACCCUUUGGACGGGAUGUUCGGUCCUUCAACCUUUGGCGGUUUCGGUCAACCGAACUUCGGUUAUGGCUUUCCAGGAAAUGCGGAGUUUCAUGGACAGUGGGGUGGGUUAAGCAGACCCAAGCCGUAUGAAGAUGUUUAUUAUCGUGAGCAGAUGUAUAAUCCGCCUACGCAUAAUCCGCCCGUGGGAACUGCUCCUCCUCCAGAACUGGUGAAUCAUGUGGAAUUAGAACGCAAUGUGAGGCAUAUGGAGCACUCCAUGGCAGAUCUGAGUUUGAAUGCGGCACCUCCCUGUGUGCAACCCGUGGCGACUUCCCCGACAUUGGAGAACAAAGACAGGCAACAGCAACGGGGUCAUGCUAACCAAAAAAAGACGACUUGGGCUUCGAUAGCGAGUCAGCCAGCAAAACCACAGCCCAAAGGUCGUAAAGGAGGGAGUUCUUCUUCUCCUGGACUUCCGAUUGGGACAUGGGAGUCAAAGAGCGGGAAACCAGGAGUGAUUCCGCCCCCGCCGGCACCGAGGUCGUCAACUUGGUCGUCCCGAGCGCCGCCACCGAUGCCGCAAGAGGAGACACCAUCGCCAACAUUUCCGAUUGGAGGCUCCGCGACGGCGUUUCCGCCACCGCAAGCCGCCGUCAGUCCGAAUGCUCCGAUUCCUCCCCGACCAGCGACUCCUGAUCAACUGGAACAACACCAACAACAACAGCAUCAACAGCAACACCAACAAAAACAACAUCAGCAACAGCCUCAUCACCCGAAUCGAAAAACGCAGCAACAGUCACCCGUGGAGAACCGAAAUGAAGACGUAGAAGAAAAGUAUUUCAAUGGUCCGGAGUCUCACGAGGCCCGACACGCUAUCCUAGAUACGUUGCAGUCGAGGAAUAAUUACAAUCCCAGUGAAUUUGACAUGAGUGCUGCCGGAGCUCGAUUUUUUGUGAUAAAAUCGUACUCGGAGGAUGACAUCCAUCGGUCCAUCAAGUACGAAAUCUGGUGCUCGACGGAACACGGGAACAAGAGGCUGGACCAGGCGUUUAGAGAGCGGGAGAACAAAGGGCCCAUCUACCUCUUCUUUUCCGUCAACAGCAGCGGCCACUUUUGUGGCAUGGCCCAGAUGAUGUCUCAGGUCGACUACAAUUCCUCCUCGUCCGUCUGGGCGCAGGACAAGUGGAAAGGCUCUUUCAAGGUGAGAUGGAUCUACGUGAAGGACGUUCCGAACGGGAAACUGCGACACAUAAAGCUAGAGAACAACGAAAACAAGCCGGUGACGAACAGCAGGGACACUCAGGAAGUGCCGCACGACAAGGGCGUGCUGGUGUUGCGAGAGAUGCACAAUUACAAGCACACGACGUCCAUCUUUGACGACUUUGUCCACUACGAACAGAGGCAGUUGGAGGAGGAGGAACGGCGCCUGUCUGUCACGCCGUUGAUGCAUUUGCAGACGGCACCGCCGCCUUCGUCAUCGUCGUCUCAGCCGCCGCCGGCGCAUGGCAAAGGUCGACGUGGAAAUGCCGACAGUCAUCACAAUGAUGAGGUGGGAGGCGGAAGGAAUGAAAGACGAAGAAGGGAGGAUUAUAGGGAUUCACGAGAGCCCAGAGACCAUCAGAAUCCGCAUCAGCAGCACCGAGAUCAUCGAGACAGCUACCAACAGCAGCCAAGGGAACACCACAACCGUGAUCGGGAUUUCGGCCGGAAUCGAGACGUGAACUACGACUCGAGAAACGGCCACAAUUCGCACCGUGUUCCUCUCAGUCGCUAG